GGCUCAGUCUCGCGCCGGUCAUUUGACGGUUUCUCCAACGGCAGGAGGGGGGCGGGGGGGAGAGAACUAAGGCUCGGGACUUGGACGAGGGAGGAUGACACCGUGUCCUUCCAUCCCCCAACCGCGUAAACAAGGGCAAGUGGGUCGAGAGAGAGAAAGACACACCCACUUUCCCUGUGCCGCCUCCUCCGCCGCGCCCCUCUCCCUUUCCUCCCACAGCAGCCGAGCCUUCUAAGCGGCGAAGGGCUAAAGGUCGCCACACACGCACGCGAGAUACCUGGAAAGGGGGGAGGUGGCUGUGGGAAGAGCCAGCUCGGGGCAGUUAGCCUCCGGAGAGGGGGCGUGGCUUGGCGCUCGCGCUCCGGACACGCCCCCCGGGGGGAGGGGUCGAAGUGGUAAAUAAGGGGCCGCACGUGCAGGGCGCGAGGCGAAAGGGUUCGAGCGGAGGAACCGCGCAGAAACACAUACACUCCAGCCGUUGCUCACGGUCAUCGUUUCGCUGCUGCUUCCGCCGCGGAGCCAUGAAGGCCGCUCGCAUCGCGAUUCGCAGCGCGGCCCCCUUGGCGGGCGGGGAGCGGGCGCCCCGAGAGGUGGAGCAUUUUGCCCGCUACUCUCCGUCGCCGCUGUCCAUCAAGCAGUUCCUGGAUUUCGGUGAGGGCAGUUGCGGUGCGAUCGACGCGUGUGGGAGAGUGGGGGCGGCACGGGGUGGCCGCUGUGGGGCAAUGCCAGAGCAAAAGGGUGGGGGGGGGGUUGAGGUGGUCGCUGGUGAUGGGAGAUGGCCUUUUGGGACACCGCCUAGUAGGGUCCUGCUUGAGAUGACUGUGUGUGUGUGUAUAAGAGGUGCAGUUUAGUGUGGAGAGGCCAUAAGGCUUAAUAGUCUUAUGGACCCCCUCCCCCAUAGAUCAGCCUGGUAUCCCCCAGAUGCUGUUGGACUGCCAGCCCCAGACAACACAGCCAGACAACAUCUGGAGGGGCGCCAGGUUGGCAAAAGCUGCUACAGAUAGCAAAGUCUAUGACUGCACUCACUUCAAGUUGUGGGAAGUCAGUCCUGUUGCAUUAGGGGGCUCAUUCUGUUAAGUGGGGGAUACCCCUGGUCCUCUGUCCUUGUAUUCAUGGGUUGGGCUUCCAAAGCAGUGUAAGCUGAGGCCAGGGGGGAAAGGUGGGUGAAAACGAUUUUGCUUUGGGGUGUGUGUGUCUGGAUAAUGCUCCCAAGAGGGAUGGGGUGGGUGUGGAAUGUUAUCUCCAUCUUUUCUUACUGGCUUGCAUUCAAGCAAAUUGCACUGGAGUAGCUAUGUGCAUCUAUCACAGCAAAACCAAAAGCAAACAAGUCUAGGCUACCUUAAAGUGCUUAAUCAAGUUCUUUGUUACAUCAGCUUCUGUGGACUGGAGUCUGGUUCAUCAAGUGAAUUCAUCUGAUGCAAUCCACACAUUUGAUGCUAUGGGAUCUAGUCCAAAGGAGUUUAUGCCACGAUCUCUUAGGCUGCAACCUUAUGUACACUUCUCUGGGAGUGAGCACUAUUGACAGGGCCAGCCCAAGACAUUUUAGGACCUGAGCCAAACCACAAAAUGGUGACCUCUCUCUUCACCAGAGAGGAAGGGGUGAGUGAAGAUCUGUAUCAGGUGCAAGGGGAGAAUAAAGAUCUACACUGAGAUCUGUUGUCCCUCUGGAUUAUGCUGCCCAAGGUGGUUUCCUCACCUUGGUGGGCCAGCCCUGACUAUUAACCUUGUUUCUGAGUAAACUUGCACUACAAAUCUUUAAGGAUCCCCAAAACUCCCUUUGGUUUAUUCAUCUUUUGCCCUUGUACUCCAGCUGAAGUUUUCAUUUGUUGUUAGCAUAUCUUAGGACUGCACAGAGCUCCAUGGAACUGUCCACCUGUUGAGCAUAUAGAUUUUUUCAUCUUUUUUUCUCUGUGGUUUUGGUAUGCAACAAUUUUGUUAUGCAACAAUUUUGGUUCUAUUAGAAAGCAAAUGUGCAGGGAGAGUUUUGCAGGAAAUUACUAUAGUUUACAGGAAUUCUCAAUUCUCAAGUUAAAAAAAUAACAUUGUAUGCUCUUUCCCUUCAUAUGGUACUUAUUAAAUCUAUUAUGCAAUCAAAUGUGAAGCAUUUGGAAAUAGUUCACCUAAGUAAACAUUUGUCUACAUGCCUGUGUUUCUAAACUAUAUUUUUCUUAGUCACUGAAAUUGGUUCUAUACUUUUUAAUGUUAGCUUUUAAAAUCUAUAAAGAAGCAGUUUUACCUUUUUUUAAAAAUGGCAGCUUUUCAAGGGUGCUUUCUCGGAAUCUUCAUAGUUGUUUACUCUAUUCUCAUUGGCUCAAGUUGCUUCACAUGUUCUAUUACAAAUGCUAGAAAAAAAUGGUAAUAACUUCAAGUCACAAAGUAUGAAAAUAGGAUUUUGUCCUCUAGUUCUGAUUAAUUGGAUAAGUAAUUUUCAGCAUUGCUCAGUUUAUUACUUUUAGCCUGGCCACCCAUAGUAGGCUUUGUUAGUUUAUUAUUGCUGACACUGUAUUCAGUCAUUCUUCAGCCAUCAGUGUCUGUUGUGUGAUAGAAAAGGCUGUUUUUCAUUUAGUAGAUACAGUUUAAAACUUUACAACUUAUAAGCAGAAAAAAAUAUUAAUCACUCAGCUGCUAGAUAUAUAAAUACACAUGCCAGUGUGUUAGGUGUGGUCUGCUACUUGCAGCUAAAAGGAAUUAUUUAAAGCAGUAGUAAUUUUGCCAAAGCUUUCUAUACAUGCUUGUGGUUUCACCAGAUCUCUGUUGUGGCUGGUUAGCAAUGAUUGGCUUUUGUUCGUCUCUAUUUUCUGUGAGGGCCCACAAUUUUUACUUGUAGAAAAGCCAAAGGCAUUUUAAAAUUACAUACUCUUAAUGUUAAGUAGUACUGUACUUGUUGAACUUAAAAUAAAGCAUUGUGAAAUUUAUAUGCAUUUGUGGGGGUUUGUUUGUUAAUAUCUCAAGAGACAGAUAGUGUUCAUCAUUCUUCUGAGCACUUGGUGGAACACAGCUGGGAUGUGGCCUAGUCCACUUUUCCCAAGUCUGGUCCUGUGCACGUUUACUCAGAACUAAGUCCUACCAAGUUCAGUGCAAUUUACUGUCAAGGAAGUGCACAUAUGAUUGCAGCUUAGACCUUUUUCUUAAUCCUUACCAAGAAAUUGUAACUACAUAUAAUAUGGCUUAAAUCAAUAAUAGUUUAUAGCUGAUUUUAUCUGUGGUAAGUCAUAUCAUAGCUCUGUUCCCUAAGAGCACAUUGGUAUUGGGGAAAUGUGUGACAAGCAGAAGACACCUGAUGAUUUUCAGAGAUUACUUUGUAUUUACUGCUGCCAUUGUGCAAAACAUCCUUUAGUUCUAAUAACUAGCAGUCGCUACACGAUCUUGCACUUGUAGCUGAGCUACUUGAUUGUAUAACAUAAAGUUGACAUAUGAUAUCUUGAAGCUAUUCCUUAUGGUGCUUAUAUGGAAAACAACUUAAACGAGCUGGCUUUUGUUUUUCAGGGUCAACUAAUGCAUGCGAGAAAACAUCUUUUUCUUUUCUUCGGCAUGAACUUCCUGUGAGGCUAGCAAAUAUCCUAAAAGAAAUCGACUUCCUCCCUAGCCGACUGUUAAGCACUCCUUCAGUACAGUUGGUAAAAAGUUGGUAAGUAGCAAAACGUACGUAACACAUUUUACUACGUUCAACUUAAUCCUGCUUUUGUAUUUUAAAUUUCAGAAAGCUUCAUAUUUACUUUGCAACAGUAACAAGAACCUUUACAGUGGUACCUUGAGUUACAAACACUUUAGGUUACAAACUCCGCUAACCUGGAAGAGUUACCUCGAGUUGAGAACUGUGCCCCAGAAUGAGAACGGAAAUCGUGUUCCAGCGGCAGCAAGAGUCCCCAUUAGCGAAAGCACGCCUCUAGUUAGGAACAAUUUCAGGUUAAGAACGGAUCUCCGGAACGAAUUAAGUUCGUCACUAGAGGUACCACUGCAUUUGAAGCUUGACAGGUUGCUAGUAAAAUGCAGGUCAUUAUAUCAAGGCCAUAGCAUAGAAAAGCACGUGCUGGACGCACAACUAUGGCAUCCUCUGUAGUCAUUUUAUAGCUGCCGUGGCUGCUUGUUAAAUGUGAACUAAGAUGCUGUGAAACCUCACAUAAUUGUCUUCUGCCCAUGUAGUGUUAUCAUAAUGAUGACAUUCUGCACAAUCAAGAUAAAGGAACUGCGUUUUAACAGCUGCUGUGUUUGUGCACAGAUUUGGUGGCAUUGUUUGCGUCCUUGGUAUGUGCAAUGCUGUAUACCAACUGAUACCACACACAUUUUAAAAAAAACAUAUAAUAGUGAGCUGGAGAUAGCUUAGGAGGCAUGCAUACAAACAUUGAGGCAGGCACAUAGGAAUUUAAAAUAUAUUUUUCUACUCCUAAACUUAACUGAAGUCCUAGUAGUCUGUUUGCUCAUAGUUUGCCUUCUACUUGAGGUCACCGAGUUACUGAAUUGCUAAAGCAAUCUUAUCUCUCCAGUCAACUUUCCCUGGCCUGUAUGAAUAAUUCAUGGUUUACUUUGUAUAUUAACAGGUAUGUUGAAAGCCUAAUGGAGCUAGUGGAGUUCCGUGACAAAAAAUCAGAUGACCACAAAGUUCUAUCAAAGUAAGUUCUUAUGAGUUGUGUUGUUAGUAGCUUUACUUGCUUCACAGCUGACUUGAUGGGUUGCUCACCUAACUAAGCAUGAACAUUAUUCAGUUCAGAAUACAGAGACUACUGAUCAUAUGAUAAUGAUCAAAAGCUUUUAACAGUAUAGCUAACUGACACCUGAUACUGCAAAAAAUGGCACAUUGAAAUAAAAUAAGUCAGCAAUAAAUUAUAAACUGUCAAGGUAACAUUAAGAUGCUUCAAUUAUCUUGACAGAAUGAAUGGUGAAAAAAAUAACUUAUUUCAGUUUUGCUUUGCUGCCUUCGUCAGAUAGGCCAAGUCUAAAGUUAUCUCCCCCCUUCCCAGUUUCAUAGAUGCCAUUGUCAAAGUCCGAAAUCGGCACCAUGAUGUAGUGCCCACAAUGGCACAAGGGGUUCUAGAAUACAGAGAUUCUUCCAAGAUGGACCCAUUCAUCAAUCAAAACAUCCAGUACUUCUUGGAUCGCUUUUACAUGAACCGGAUAUCUAUUCGAAUGUUAAUAAACCAGCACAGUAAGUUGUUUUUCCAUCCCUUUGACAAGUUGAUUUUAAUGUUUUUGUCAAACAUUCUUAGAAAUAUUUGAUGAACUGUGGAUUUUAUUAAUCAUUUAUCUUUGCUGGUUGUAAAAAGAAAAAUGACAAGUGUAAAUGAUAUAAAUUAUUAUGAGAGGGAGAACAAGGGUCAAAAGCAGAAAGUAGUUAGUUAAUAAACAGUAUAGCCAAAAAGCAAUGAAAUGUGUGUACAUAACAACUCCAGUACUAAAACCUGGUAAAGUAGUACACACAAGGGGAAAUGCAUUGUGAUACAGAUGCCUCCAGACUAGAAAAAUGUAAAUGCCAAAGCACUUCACUGUAGUAGAUAGAAUAGCAGAUAAAACCUAGUUCAGCAAUGAAGCUCACUAGAUGGCCUUCAGCAAAUCACUGACCCUUGGCCCAUCAUCCCUUACAGAGCAGUUAUAAAUAUAAAGUUGGAUAGUCCCUUCUAUGUCGCCAUGAGCUCUUGUGGGAAGGAGAGAUAAGACAGGGCUGCCAUACGUCCGGAUUGUCCCCGACAUUACAGGGUUUUAAAAGGUGGAAUUGAAGUUCGGGAGGAAUUUCCAAAAGGUGGCACUUUGUCCUUUUUAUUAUUGCUAAAAAUCAUCCUUUAGAUAGCUGUAAUGAAUUAUGUUGAGCAACCUGGAAAAAAAUUGACCAUUUUGUCUUUUAAUUCAACAGCGCUUAUUUUUGAUAACAAUAACAAUGUGGGUAAUCCAAAGCACAUUGGAUGCAUUGACCCUUGCUGUGACGUUGUGGAUUUGGUGCAUGGUACGUAUAUGAAAUUGUCAGCAUCCCCUGGUGGCUUCAGCUAUGUGUAGAGAAUAUGUCCUUUUCUUAGGUGCAUUACCAGUUUAAGAGAGUGAAAUAAUUGUCAGUCUUUCAUGAGUAUCCUGGCUUCACAUCUAAGUGCAGAAUAUUUUGGGGAAGGACUGUAGCAUUUCCCUUGCGUGCAGAAGGCCCCAUGUGCCUUCUCAUGUGUCUUCAGGUGGGGCUGGGAAAAGAUUCUUCCUAAAACCCUGGAGAGCCUCUGCCAGUCAAGAGUCAACUGUGCUUAGGAAGGUGGAAGAGUCGAUUGCACUAUGGUGUAAGACAACUCCAUAUGUUCAUGUGUAUACCUACCUGCAUAUUCUGACCAUCAUGAGACAGGGAUCCUGGCAAGUUGCACACUUUUACAUUCAGUAGUGAGUGAAUGAAGGGUGGAAUGCCUGUUUUUAACGGGUCAUCAGAAUUUUCUCAUGCAGUCAGGUGGCAUUGCAUUUCUGUUGGGUACAGUCCUAUUCAGCCUGCUGCAUGCAAGAUCUGUUGAUUUCCACGUGACAGACAUGUGCAGUUAGAAGUCUUGGGUAAUAUUUAACUGAUAUUUCAGUGGCAUUCUGUGCCUUAAUGCUGACAGUUAUAAUUCAGCUUUCUGUAUACAGAAGCCUUAUUUCAAUGCUAGAGAGCACAGCCUGGAGUAGUCUAGUAUCUAGGAUAUGCCUAAUGAUGCAUAAGAGUUUGUGUUAAAUCGUGCUUCAUUUUUUCUUAUUAAAAUGAAUUCCAGAUGCUUUCCAGAGUGCCCAGAUGCUUUGUGACCAAUACUAUUUCGCUUCUCCAGACUUAAAGCUUACUCAAGUGAAUGGUGAGUGCAUUUUCCUCUUCUCCACCGUAUCAGGGUAGCUCUUUGGUUUCUCCUCUUUAGAAGCUUUUUGCUCUUACUGCUGACCCACUUGUCUAGAAUUGGAGGCUUACCAUUUUCCCCCCUUGAGAAAGUGCUAAAUUUGCACGGUUGCAUUCAUUCAUAUGAUGCAAUAUGCCAGACCUGAAUGAGCACAUGGACAUGUAAUUCUGAUAGGGUUGGUAUCCGCAUUUCCUUAAAAGAAAUCAAAAGAAGAAAUUAGCUUAGCUGCAAAUCCACCAUUAUAAUAGUUCAAGAAUGUUUUUGCUCAUGAAGGAUGGAUUGCAGGAAGUUUGUACUUCUUCAAUACAAUACAAACUUCUGCAAAACAAGAACAUUCAUAACUACAGUACUAUAGAAUAAUAAAGGAUAACAAAUUUCAGGAUGCAGUAUUAAAUGCACAGAUCUUAAGUAAAAGCAUUUAUUGUGGACACACAAUAACAAUUGUUUGAAAUUGAAUAGCAGCUGUGUGCUGAUUACUGUUUGUGCAUCUUCCUGCAGGAAAGGCAGCUGGACAGCCUAUCCACAUAGUAUAUGUACCAUCCCACCUCUUUCACAUGCUGUUUGAACUUUUCAAGGUUUGUGUUUGCAAUUAUGAAACAUUCAUUUUUCGCCUCCAUAUUUAUGUGUGCGUUAGCAGCAGCAUUUGUUCAGCACUGUUUUUACUAUUUUGCUUGAUGCCUUGGACUCCUUUGGAAGUAAGAAGUGGAAUAGAAAUCUAAUGAUACUUUAGUAUAUUGACUGGAAUUCAAAAUGGCAAAAAUUAGAGCAACUCAGAUUGAAUUAAGUCCUCCUGAUUCUUCGUUUCUCCUAGAAUGCAAUGAGAGCAACAGUUGAACACCAGGAAAACAAACCUUCCCUUGAUCCAGUUGAGGUGACCGUUGUACUUGGAAAGGAAGACCUGUCAAUUAAGGUAUCUUACAAGGCUUUUUUCCCAAUACAAUAGGUGCAACAUAUAAUAUAAACUUGCAAAUGGGGCACUUCCAGACAACCUGUUUAUUGAGCAUUUUUCCUGAUUUGUUUUUGAGGAGGUUAAAUGAUGUUGUAUCACCAGCAUUAUCUCACUCUUCCCAUGCAUUUCCCUAGCACUUUCUGUAUUGCCAGUAUGUGACUGAAUCCCACCCCAAAAUAGUGACCGUCUGGAAGCAUCCAGAGUCUCAUAGGUUUAAAAAGAUUUGGUGUGGAAUAGAUGGGUAGUGAAUUGCAGCAAAAUUACAACAAGCUGUCGCUAGCCAAAUACUGUUUUGGACAAUAUUGAUUUUUAAGGAAAAGAUAAGCAAAUUUGAUACAGGAUGAUCCUUAAAGCAGAAAUGAUUUAGUGGCUUUAGUGAUACUUUAACAAGGAUUAGAAACAUGCAUUUAAUACCUUUUGUGUGUGUUCUCAACUAGAUAUCUGAUAGAGGGGGUGGUGUUCCAGUGAGAAAAAUAGAAAGCCUCUUCAGCUACACAUAUUCUACAGCACCAAAACCUGUGAUGGAAAAGAAUUCUACUCCUCUGGUAAGAGAUGAAGCUAUAAGAAUUAAGCUGUAAGAUGAGAGCUGAGUCUUUGUAGCGGCCCUUGUUCUUGUCAAGGACUUGGAUUCUGAGUUCAUUGACAAAAACAAUGCUUCCAGGUGUACACGUAAGCACGCCUGAUAUCUGUAGUGACUCAACCAUGCUGAUCACUUCCAAUUCAUAGAAACAGCCUUGUUCUGGUUGCACAAAUUCAGACUCUGGAUGGGGGUGCACAUCAGGGUUUCUGUAUUGGGAGGAGAGGAGUAUUGUCUUAGCCCCCUCCUGUGGUUUGGUGUGUACAAUUUAUACGCAGGUUUACCUCUCCCAGACCUGAUAGUGACCCAAUACUUGGCAUGUAUUUCCACCUCUUCCCCUUUCUGUUCAGCAUUACUAAUUAUGUAGACAAGCAACCACUGAGGAGCCUCCAAAACUAGGUCAGUAGUGUUGCAUUAUUUUAGAUUGCCUUUGUUUAUAAUGCAAACUACGACUGCAUUAUACAGGAGAGAACUUGCUUUCCUCAUAUUUCUCCUGUGAAGAAUCAUUGUAGAGCACAUCAUUUUUCGUUGGGACUCCAUACCAAUAGGAUCUGCACAGUGUGACACUUGUACAGUACUUAGCCUAGGAAAGAAGGACCCCAUCGUUCCAAUUAACAAAAUGCCUCAUUUCUUUCUAGGCUGGUUUUGGUUAUGGCUUACCCAUUUCUCGCCUGUAUGCUAAAUACUUCCAUGGGGACCUCAAUCUGUGUUCCAUCUCUGGUUAUGGAACAGAUGCUCUCAUCUACUUAAAGGUAUGUUCUGCCCGUCCCCAAUCCCAGUAAUUUUGUAGUGCUGCAACUGUGCCUAUCACCAGCUUAUUUGAAUCAGGUUUGUUUUUAAUUUAUUAGUAACGAGGUUUAUUACUUUAAAGACAGUACUUUGUAUCAAUUGUACAUUAGUCAUCAGCGAGUCUUUGCAGAAUAUGCUCUUCAAAAGACUGCUGUUGCCUUUGUCUAAGUAGGUCAUUGUAAAUUAUUUUAUUAUUGGGAUUACAAGCCAUCUUGGCUAUUUUAUAGAAAUAUGGAAGUAUUACAAUGUGAUAAAUUAAAAAAUAAUUGAAAGUAUGUGCCAAAAUGAGAGUUCUUAAUAAAUGUAGAUUGGCCACCUUCACAUUAAAAAUAAUCUGACUUUGCUUUUCCCACAAAUACUGAGUUUAAUCUCUCUCACUACUUGUCAUUCCUGUAUUAUCAGUUAGUGUUCUAUCUUUAAGAUUGUUAUAAGUGUGGUCCAUCAUAAACUUCAGUCUCAAAAGAUUGGCAGAACAAUCAAGUCUCAAACUUUGAAUCAAACUUGUUCCAGGCUGUAUGUUUGCUCAUAACGAGGCUCAGUAAAAAAAUCAGUUUACUACAUUGAUAGUAAUGGUGUAAUCUAACUAUAUUUGGUCUUGCUUUCCAGGCCCUUUCCACAGACUCUGUAGAGAAACUUCCUGUUUUCAACAAGUCUGUUUCGAAGCAUUACCAAACCACUAUAGAAGCAGAUGAUUGGUGUGUUCCAAGUAAAGAACCAAAGAAUGUGUCAAGGCAGACUGCAGCUGCAUGAAAUCUGCAGUUCUCCAGAACACUGAAAGUGGAUCAAACCAAUGUUUCAGAUAGGACUAAUGAAACGAAUAACUAGAAGUCAUUUCUCUUCUAUACCAGGAUUUAGCAAGAGAAGAAAUUAUAUGGAACACAUGAUUACAGCAUAGACUGCAUGUACUGUAUUUGUACUACAGCAUGUCUAAUGAUAAUGGAUAUGUUAGGAGAAUCAAAAUGCAUAGAAAGAUGUGCACAUCAUUUCUUUUUAGCUUUUUGAAAUUUAAAUUAGCACUCCCAAGUACUAAUGUUUUCAGACUUCUGAGGUGGGACUUGAUAAUAUUCAAAAAACGUUAUGUUGUGGUUGAACUCCAGUACACAUCAAUUUUCCCCUAAUCCAGUCAGUAGGUAUUUCAUCCUAUUACAAAAUUAUGACUUUAAGUAUAUUUGACAUGCUCAGCCGACAAAGUCUAGUUGAAAGAGCACCGACAACAGGCUACCUUGACUGCAGUUGUUUGGCUUGAUCAAGAGUGCAAUGCUGAAAGUUGCAUAUUUCUAAACUUGCUCCAAAUGGUGAACAUUACUUGAAUUUUUAAAUGUAAAAUAGCUGUAUUUAUGUAUAGCGUUUUCAUUGCUUUUCUAAUGCUGAGAUUUUGCUCUUCUUGGAGAAGAAUCUUAAAGUGAUGUCAAGGAAGUGACGGUUAGAUAUUGUGAAGAUAAAAGUUUAUUAGCUGUAUCUUGGUGUAUGGCUCACAGCUCAGUACAGUGAGGGAGCAGCAGUACAAAUAGGGUAUUUUAAAGAUACUUAAAUUGCAAGUCAUUGAGCAGGAUAUGAAGCUGUUUGUGAGAGGGGAGAUGGGUUCUCUAAAUGGUGCUGUUACUAUGUAUGUGUGUGCACACCCAACUAUGUUUUCAGGGUGUAAAUUUGAAUCAUGUAUGUUAAUUUGGGGGCCACCUGCCACAGCUCAAUUUGAAAAAAAUAUGUGACUUUCAAUGCUGUCAAUGUUAAGAUUACUCUUGAGACAUUUGCAGGGAUGUGAUGAUAAAACAGGUUGUGGAAGAUACUGUGCCUGUAUCGAAAAUGCAUAAGGAACAGCUGUGAGAAAUACUAUUUCUUUGUGUAACUGCAAAGAACGAGGGUGGCAGAGUGUCUGUUUUUGUGAAGAGAUCAUUGGGAGAAUAUUCCAUUCCAAAUUGUGCUGCUAAAAGGCAGAGAAUUUGAUCAGGGCCCAGCUAGUGACAAUCCAGGUCAGUCUUCUUUUUUAAAAAAGGAAUAAUGUGCUAAAGAGCGAAAACUACUUUAUGUUUAAAAUGAUUGCUAUCUGUGGAGAUUUAGUGUCUGCUCAGUUGUGGACAGCAAUGAAGCUCCCACAUUUGCUGAUGUCCAUUUUUGCUGUGGACAUUGGGUUCAGUUGAAUUGGUAAUCCCAGCCAUGUGAGGCUAUUAUGUGCAGUUGGUACCCUGUACCAACAAAAGGCUUAACAGCUAACAUUGCUGGAGUAUUGGAUGUUUUUGUUCCUUCCUGUUGUCAUUGUAGUUCAGUUUUGGGAAAUGCUGAAGAUUUUUGUUCUGCUGCAGUGCCUAUUUGUAUAUGCUUGAUUAUGAGGAAACAAGUGUGUUGGUGACAUGCUAUUUGCUAUUGCAUACUUGAGAUGAAGAACUAAGGGGUGAGGUCUUAAUGCUGUGCAUUAAGUUAGUGUUAUGGUGUUAUCACAGUGGCAGCAUUAAAUAACAAGAUGAAUGUCAUUCAUAUAUAAUCCGCAUAUGUUCACCCAUAAUGUUUGGAUAACUGUGAUAUAAUUUGUGCCUUUCAUACAGUGCAUACAAUCUGCUAAAGAUGAGUUGUUUUACUGUUUUAAUAACCUAUACUGUCAUUCUAUGCAGUGUUUCUGAAAAGAACCAAAGGUGCCAUCUUUCUGUCACAGACCAUAUUAUCACGCUAAAUGGAUACUAGAAUUCCUUUUGCUGAAUUAUAUGGCUGCAGUAAAGGCAAGCCUAAGUAUGCCAUUGACUUUGAGCAACAUAAGCUUUUGGUGCUGUUUUAUGCUCAGUACAAAGUGGAAAAUGCAGUGUAAAAAAACCCAAAUUUUUGAAGACUGAAUUAUUUCUUCCACAGUGUGCCUUCGAGUUCAGGUGUACUCAAGAUGUAUUAUAAGAUUUUUAAUAAAAUUGUGGUGUGUGUUUUUUUUAAAUACUGCUUGACUCUUUUCUUCUCCACCCUCCUCUUAAAUCAUGCAAGCAAUGAAUUGCCUGUUACAUGGUUGAUUUCUAAGUCUGCAUUUUAUUUUUUUUAGUCCAUUUUUAAAAAUUACAUGUCUUUGUUAUUGGGGGGUCGGACAUUAUUGCUUCCAUUUUUGGUCCAACAGUUUAUUUCUAGUUGUUGCUCAGUUAUUACUGCUAUUCUGUAGCUUGUAAACAGUAACACUGUCACUUCUCUCAAACAGUGAACUCUAGUAGCUGAGCACUUAGCAGUCUGGAAGCAAAAUUAAGGUAGCGGUUUCUAUCUACAUGGUUGGGCAGUUCCUCAAAUAUGCAGGUGUAAGAGAAAAAGCACCCCAAAAGACCUUGAAAUUUUUUUUUUUGAGGCUUCUGUAUAUAAUGGAAUGUUGGUAUGGAAAUAAAUGGGGAAGACACAACCC